AUGAGUUAUCGUGGAAGAGGAAGAGGUGGAGGAUACAAUGGCAACUACCAUCCUGGUAACCAAGGCAGGAACUCAUUUGCAGACCACCAGCAAAACGUCGACUCCUUUGUUGCAGCCAACGCGUACCCCGUUGAAAUAGCGGGAUGGGACGGGGCCAAUAGUCCGUCAGAGUGUAUCAACUUCAUCUCCAGAAAAUGUAGAGUCAUCGUGACCAAUUACAGCGUUGACAAUAACACACGUUUACUCAAAGGGUAUGUCAAGAAUGAAUCUCAAGCAAAUACACUUUUGAAUUGGUCAGGGGUGAAAUUUGCCGGCCAAUCGUUGAGGUUUGCUAAAGGGCCAUCGGCAUUGUCAAAUCAAAUUACGGGGACAAAACCACUGGGCGCUUCCAACAACACAAUAGAGACAAUCACCGAGUUUUUAAAAUCUCGAUAUCAAAUGGAAAAUAAAAUGUUGAAUUUGAGCAAUGUGAAGCAGGACCCCACGUUGAACUCGCUCGGCUUCUUUGGCAGCGUCUCGGUGAGCUCAAAGUUCUUUCCCGCGUUGAUGAAAAUAGCACUGGACUUGAAACUCGAUGUCGCAAGUGUCGAUUUAUCCAGUAACGAGUUGAACGACUUGCAGUCGCUUUCCUCAAUGGCUCAGACGUUUCCCAAAUUGCAAAAUCUUUCUUUGCUGAAUAACCAAUUCUCCAAGAUCAAGGCAUUUGAAACGUGGAGACACAAGUUGAAUUUCUUGCGCGAGCUUAUACUUUUCAACAACCCCUUGGUGCAAACGACAAACCCCGCGGAAAUCCAGCUGAUCAAAUUGGAGUUGAUGAAGUCCUUCCCCAGAUUAGUUGUCUUGAAUGGGGAAGUCUUGAGAAACGAACAAGUGUUGCAUGCCAACUCCACUUUCCCAUUUGAAGCUCCACAACCGAUGUUUUUCCAAGAUGAAGAUGUGCGCGUGCUAUCGACAAACUUUAUCACCAAUUUCUUAAACUUGUGGGACACAAACAGAGCCGGUCUCAUGGUUCUUUAUCAAAACGAAUCGCAAUUCUCGAUGCAGUUGGACUCAUCGCAACCUUUCCUCAUUGACGAAAAUAGCAACAGUUCAAACACAGACUAUGGCAACUACAUUGCCAACUCAAGAAACUUGGCACGUGUCUCAUCGGCCAAGAUGCGAAUGAGCAAAGUGGCUGUGGGCCAAGAACAAAUCUAUAAACAAUUUCAACAACUACCCAGGACCAAGCACGACAUUGUAAACAAACCUGGCGCAUUUAGUAUGGAGUGCUGCAAAUUCCCCACGCUCAACGGGAUAGUUAUCACCAUCCAUGGAUCAUUUGAAGAAACAGCACAACCGGAAAUAUCAGAGACUCAGGAUUCGCACGGAUCGGGCCGCGGCGGACCUCGUUUCCCCUCGCAUAGUCGGCCCAAGAAGGCUGCCUUGGCCAAGAAAUGCUUUGAUCGCACAUUUUUGGUGAUACCGGGCCCCAAUGGAAGCUUGAUUGUUGCAAGCGAUCUCUUGCUUGUCAGACCUUAUUCUGAUGAAAUGCCAUGGAAUCAAACUGCAACUACAGCUCCUGGGUCAGCUCCUAUACCUAACGUACCCGGCGCCAUGCCAAUACAGCCACCUACUUCUGCAGGUGCCGGUGCUCCUGCUCCCGCUCUUAACCCCACUGUGGCUGAUCUUCCCGCCGAACUCAAGACAAGGUUGCAGCCAGUGCAACAGGAAAUACUCGUGAAGAUUGUCUUGGAGACAAAACUCAAUUUAGAUUUUGCCUUGAUGCUUUGCGAGCAGAGUAAUUGGAACUACGAUCAGAGUGUGAUAAACUUUAAAAACUCGGCAAGUUCAUUACCUAGAGACGCAUUCAUAUAA